ACUCUUAUUAAUGAGUAAUUUUAACUUGUUUUAAAAAUAUACAAGUAGUGGAGUUGAAGUGUUUUUCUGGAAAGGAGCUGAUGAUAGCAGCAAUACAAUAUAGUCAUCGUCAUGUCAAUUGAGAUCAAACUCUCUCGAUUCAACCGCAUCUAUCGCCCCGAUGAAAUUCUGGAAGGCAAGUUAAUCGCGAGGCUAACUUCUGCAAUAUCCUACCAAUCAAUUCGCCUCACCGUCAAUGGCACUGUUAAUUUGCAGGUUCGCGGGGGAUCAGCUGGAGUUGUCGAGUCUCUCUACGGCGUCAUUAAGCCGAUUCCAAUUGUGAAGAAGGUUGUUGAUGUUAGAUCAUCUGGAAAGAUUGGAUCAGGUAUUACCGAGAUACCAUUUUCUGUGAUCCUAAAAGACCCGAAGGAAGAGAAUCUGGAAAAGUUUUACGAAACCUUCCAUGGAGGCAAUAUCAGCAUCCAGUAUCUUAUAACUGUAGAUGUAGUGAGAGGAUACUUGCACAAAUCCUUGUCCGCAACAACAGAAUUCAUUGUUGAAAGUGAAAAAGACAAUCUUCCACAGAAACCCGUUUCUCCAGAAACGGUCAUAUUUUAUAUUACGCAGGAUACCCAAAAGCAUGCAUUACUUCCUGAACUUAAAUCAGGUGGUUUCCGUGUUACGGGGAAAAUAUGCACUCAAUGUUCAUUAGUGGAUCCUCUUGUUGGAGAGUUAACCGUCGAAAAAUCAGCAAUUCCUAUUCAAUCCACUGACAUCCACUUGCUUCGAGUCGAAUCAAUUUUGAUUGGAGAUAGGAUAUCAACAGAAUCUACUUUGAUGCAAACUACUCAGAUAGCAGAUGGAGAUGUUUGUCGUGGCUUGACUCUGCCCAUUUACAUCAUUCUUCCUCGUCUGUUGACUUGUCCAACAAUUUUCGCUGGUCCAUUUUCGAUUGAGUUCAAGGUCAGCAUCGUAAUUACUUUCCUGUUGGAUCAAUCUAAGAAACACAAGAAAGUCGCCGACCCAAAAGCUCCAAAAUCAUGGGUGGCAAUGGAAAGUGUACCGUUGGAACUGGUCCGCACAAUGUGAGAGAUACUUCAACAAGAGUUAUAUUAGAUGCUUGGGGAGACAACAUAAGCAGUCAGAUAUGUUCGCGACUCUGGUUUUUUUACGUUAGUAUUUGCAUCAUGCAAAUACUGUUACAUUGGAUCGAUAUUUUAUGCGUUAGAUACUAUUAACAAUUGCACAUAACAUCAAGAGUUACUGGGCGUGUUACAAGGGGAAAACGCCUUUGAAUCCAUUCCUUUUUUUUUUUU